CAGAUAACAAACCCACUCAAAACAUAACGGGAUUUAAAUUGAAUUUUAGGACGUAUUAAAGACACUGUACAACAAUAAUGGAAAAACAAGGAAAGAAAGGAAAGGGUAAAGUAAAAAGAAAAACUUCUGUUAAUAAAGAGAAACCUGCUGUUGUUGAUAAACCUGACGAUGAAACUGAGACACAACAAGGAGCAUCUUCUUCAUCACCCCCACCACAAGAAGCAACAACUUCAUCACCACCCCCAACACAAGCCACAUCUUCAUCACUGACUUCAUCAGUGACUUCAUCAGUGACUUCAUCACCAACUCAAGAAACCAGAUUAGAUAUGGAUGGACCAUCUGUAACUGUGGAUCUUGAGGAGGAGGCAGGGGAAGCAGGGGAGAAGAAAGACACAACUCUACAAGCUGAAAAUACAGAGGAUAUGAUUAAACCAAUCCGUGAGGAAACCAAUAUAGAUAUACCACAAAUAGAAACACAAGAAACAAUUAAAACAACAGAGACAAUAGAAACAGAAUCAAUAGAUUUUUCUAACAUCAACCCAGAAGAUUACGGUUUACAAGUCAACGAAGAUGAUCUACCAUCUGAUUUUAUUUACGAACCGCCACCUCAAACUGACCUACCAGAUCUGUAUAAUUUAUUGGCUACAUUAGAAGAAGGUGAUGGUGAACUUGUGACGAAAAAGAAUCCACCAUCUUUAUUUGCAAUACCCGAGCACAUCCCAAAUUAUACAAGAAUAUCAGAGUUACGUCUACAGAUUGAAGAUGACGAGCUAAAACAAUAUGUAUCUCGCUUUGAUACUGGAGUAAAAGAUGACGUGGUGAUGUUAGGAAAGAUUCCAUUGGAGGAAAUCCAGGAGGAGGAAAGGAGACUGAGAGAUGAACAUGUUCUAUAUUUAGAACAAGAGUCGUUGUUAGCACGACAAAGAGAAGAACAUUUAUUACAUCGUGAGGAAGAAGCAAAAACACGAACAGCCAAGUUUGUUAAAGAUAAAAGAGCUGAUAUAGCUAGACGUGAGGAAUUAUUGAGACAACGUGAGAAGUUAAUGUUAGAUCAUAUACACAAGGCUUUCCGUAGAGCAGAAAGUCAGCUGAUUGGAACAUUGGAAAAACGCAAAGGAGAGGUCAAGACUUUAUAUGGUGAUUUGAUGUUAGAAGAUGGUCAUUAUGGAGGGUCAAAAGGUCGAAGGUGGAAAGUUGAUUGGAACAGAACUCCACAGCCAAUACAGAUAAAUUUAAAAUGUUUACGUGGUGUUAAAGAUAAAUUACCAGCGGGAAGAUAUGUUAUGAUGGUGUCAAUAUAUAACAGACUUGGGGGUCAUACUAUGCGCUGGUCAAAGUUGAAAGGUCAGAAAUGGGGUGGGGCAACAUUACCAAUGUUUCAUGAAGGAAACUUUCACAACACAGAGUUAAAGAUUGAUCAAAGUUUGUUUACAGUUUUACCAGCUAAAGCUUCUUUACGACCUGGUAUGAUGUUAGUGUUUGAACUGUUUUUAUUACGAGGAUCAGUCGUACCAACAGAUCGUGUCAUAUCGUGGGGAUGUUUUCCUGUAUGUGAUGGUAGUUUUGAUGUCAUUGAAGGAAAGUAUAAGUGCAGCAUGUUAAGAGGAGAAAUGGAUCCUGAUAUUGAUAAACAUGAAAAAUUGGAAGAAUUAAUGGCUUCAGAUAUUGAUCACUGGAUGUCUAAUCUUUAUUUUGAAGUACUCAAAUUACCCAGAUAUUUAGCUGGUCAGAAUGAAUAUGAAGUAGAAUUACAGUUUACUUCAAGUUUAACCAGUUAUCCUGAUAGAAUUAAAACAGGGUGGGACGAGAACCGGGAUGGAGAGGAUCCUGUUCCUGGAUCAGUGUCUGAUCUCAGUACCGGUACAGACAGUUUGCAUGGUCCUAGUACAUCUAGUAUAAGUAUCAACAGUGGAGAAGCCAGCACAAGUGAAACUGUCAACAGAUCAGAUGCUACAACUUCCAAAAUAAAACUUAAUAAACCGAAAGGAAAAUCUGGGGCUAGAUCAACCAGUACUAAUGUUGUAUCUAGAAUUAUACAGAAAGAUUUAAAGAAACAUGAUGAUGAGUUUACAGAUGAUGAUACAGAUGAAUCAGAUGAUGUACUAGCUAUUAAACGACAACAAACUUUUAAACCACAUAAAACAUUGCCAGGAGUUUAUUAUAAGCAUUACCGUAGUAACCCCGCUGACAGUUAUUUUAAGAGACUGUACACCAUGUUACCACAGACGCAAGUCCUAGCUCCCAGACAGAAGAAGAAAAAACUGACACAUGUAGAGGAACUAGAAGAACAUACCUUCUCUGUCAAGUUACCAUAUAGUGGGAAAGGACGUCUGGCUCAUGCUGGUCGUGAAAAGUUAAACUAUAUAGCUCGACAGUUCUUAGCUGAGAUUGGUUUAUCUCAAUGGCGUAGCAGGGAAUUUUGGGGAAUGCUGCUUCUUUUUCUUAUCAUUUUCUUUAUUCGAAUGUUUGCUCAUUAUUUCGGUCAGUGGCUGUUCCUCAAUGCCAUUGAGAUUCCUAUUAACAAAUUUGACUUCUAUCCAUAUACAGUAGACUUGAACUAUCAGCCUACACUACUAAGAGCAAGAGAAGAGAUUGGUGUAGUGAUACUGGGACCUAUGUUGAAUAUUCUUAUCUUUACGUUAAUGGUUAUCUUCGCUUGGAUUAGUCCAAAAUUAUUUGGUCUUUUCCCAGACCUGUUUUCGAAGUUUGUGCUAUCGUUUGGUUUGAUGACUUUCCUUAAUCCACUUUUAAUUUUGAUUGUUGACUGUAGUCUGUUGAGGUACCAGGACCAAUCAACAAAACCAAUUGCCGAUUUCGCUAAACUAUGGUGGCAUUUUGAUCGUUCUCAGGGUUCGGGCCUAGCAGGACUUUUUAUCACCCUGUUCCUUUAUUCUUUUAUUGGACUUCUGACUGGUGCCAUUCUUUAUAUGUACUUUUUAAGAUUACAUAACAAUGGCAGAAUGUUGGAUAUAUUCUGGAGGCUACAUGGUGAAGAAGAUUUUUUCUUUGUGCCAUAUGAUUUAGAGAUGUCGAAUCAAGAACUAUGUUAUAUAUGUCGUAAAGCCGAGAAAUGGCGUGGUGAAGAAGGUGAAAGAAGAAAGAUUGCGGUGUAUGAUUAUAUUUGGGAGGAAGAUGAGGUAGAAGAAAGUAUUUGGGAUGAACAGGGAAUAGAAAGAGUUGAGAAGAAAGAAGGAAAGAAAGAGAUCACCACCCAUGUUUCAAUACAUACAUUACAUCUAGAUGGCCUGAGAGAAUUAUAUCGCCAUUUUCUACGCCUUCCAGAUGGUGCUAUUGUAGAGGUAUUUGGAGAUGUAUCCAUACCUGGUAUGGAUAAAGAUGUUAAGAAAGCUCUAGAAGACGGAUCAAAAAAUCUGGAGAAACUUAUGGGAUCACAAAUGAGUUUGUCAAAGAUAAAAGGACGCCAGACUGUAGUGACUAGAGCAGGUUUUACACCAGGUGUUAGUCCUACACCCAGUUCACAAUCGAGUGACAGUAUCGACAUGAAAAAAACAGUGUGAGGUAUUCUAGGCACUUUUUAAGUAAUUUCACCAACAGUAUUUAAUGAUAAGUGCUUUAUUAAUCAAAAUGUUUUCCAAAUCAAAAUGGCUGCUGGCUCUCAUUUGUCUUUCUUAAUUGACUGUUUGUCUGUUACUGUUAAUGAAGUUAUUAUGUAAAGAAAUAAGUUCUUAUCUUCUAUGUUUUAUUAAAGAGAGCAGUUUUUGUGACAUAUCAACAGAAAGCAGAAUUCUUUGAUUGUUAAUGAGACGAUUUAAUAAUCUUUUAAUAAAGUGAUUUAAUGAAUUGUUAAUGAGAUGAUCUAAUAAUCUUUUAAUGAGACAAUUUAGUAAUCUGCUAAUGAGACGAUUUAAAAAUCUGCUAAUGAGACAAUUUAAUCAUCUGCUAAUGAGACGAUUUAAUCAUCUACUAAUGAGACGAUUUAAUACAUUCUUGAAGAGACUAUUCAAAAAAUUGUUAAUGAGACAUUUUAAUGAAUUGUUAAUGAGAUGUUUUAAUGCAUUGUUAAUGAGAUUUUUUAAUGAAUUGUUAAUGAGACAUUUUAAUAAUAUGACGAUUUAAUGAAUUCUUAAUGAUAUUUUUUGAUAGUUUGUUGACAAAAUGAUUUAAUGAUUUAAAGUACAGUACGUGUAUGUUCAAGGUUUGGGGUUAAAAUUUGUUUUCGUAUAUAUAUAUAUUGUUAUUGAUUUUAAUUUAAGCUGUGAUAUUUUUUUAUUUCUUUCAUAUUUUUGUACAUGUAUUCUCAUAACUCCUAAAAUUAUUGAAUUUGUUAAAUUGGCUAUAUUUUAACAGCAUGGAAUAUUUAGAUAUUUUUUAAAACGACGAUUAUACACCAAAGAAAGCUGUGAAAAUUAUGAUUUUUUACAAAUGAAUUAAUUAUUGAAAACACCUAUAUGUCAAGUAAAUUAUUUAUUUAUUAUCUGUGAUAUUUUUUUUAUGAUAACUUUUACUCCGUAAAUCAAAAUUUACAAAAUUGUUGUGAUUAUUGCUUGUAAAUAUGGUAUCAAAAUGUUACAAGUAUGUGAUUUUCUUCAACUUCUUGGUAUAAAGAAAAGCUUUUCUUAGGUCUGAUAUUUACAGAGCUGGAUUUAGUUUGUGAAAAUUUGUUGUAAAAAAUAGAAUUAAUCUCAAGUUAGUGACUUUCAGUUCUAUCCUCACUCAAAAUUAUAUGUGAUGUACAGGUACCCUCAUAUUCAAAACUAUAAGCGCCUCUGUACAGCAAAAACUGAAAGUUACUUUUUUUCACAACAAAUUCUUAUAACUUAAACAGGGUAUCAAUGUUAUUUACAACUAAUUGCAAUCAAAAAUGAUUACAACAAUAGAUGAUUUGAACUCUGAACCUGUCCGAUCUCAUUUCCGGACCAAUGGACUGUCACACUCUAUUACUAUUUUUCUGAUAGUGCAAUAUAGAAUUUCAUAUUACUCAGAAGUGCAAUAAAUGCAUGGAACUUUUAACUUUCACAGUUAGGCUUGUAUUUGCAGGUGUUUUCAUAUAACGGGCGAAAACGCGUAUAUGGAAAACAAGCUUCACAGGGUGCAAACCUGUUUGAAGUAUUUAUGUAAAAUUUAUAAGAAGUGAGGGCACAUUAUGACUUUCUAUCAUAAGAUAAUGUUUUUACAACUAGACUAUCAAAUCUUUAAAUUAUUAAAUCAAGCAGUUAUUUAAACCUACACUGUUUUAUUAUAAUCAAAACCAUUGAAUAUUUUUUAUAUUAAUGUAUUUUAUGCUUUAAAAUAGGGUGCAACAAUUUUUUUUAAAAGAUUUAUGAACAAUUUAGGCCAUCUCCCCCAAAAUAAUAACUCGAUUCUGGCCAUCUGUUUUAAACCUCUGCUUCUUGCACAAUUUAAUUAACUUUUUCUGACUUAACAAAUGGUUAUAGAGAAAAACAUGUAGAGACAAACUCAGUUAUAAUUCAAAGCAGAUUAAAUUGUAGUCUUGACUGCUCCAGUUCAUCUACAAAAAUAUUUAGUUGGACAAAAAGGUAUAAAUUUGCUGUACAGUGUCAAAGGUCAUAUGGAGAUUUUUGUACCUGUUUUGUUUGGCUUUAAUGGAACACGAAUAUUGACCUUUGCCCUCAGUAGAAGAAUGCAUGGCAACAAUAUUCCCUUUAGCAAACAGCCAGUCACCAUAAUUCAUGCUAUUUUUUCCAGACAUGAAUAAUGAUUUUAUUAAUUUGUUCAGAUAGCAAUUAUGGAUUGUUCAGAUAGCAAUUAUGGAUUGAAAGCUGUACAAGAAAUAGUUGCACCCUUAUUAUUAAUAUAUACAUGUAUGCUGCCAAUACUAUAUUAUUUUCUAUACACUGGAUGUAAUCUCAAUGCAUAAUAAAAAUAAUUUCAA